CACGCACUCUGUCGCUACAUCACCACGCAUUCUGACUCCACGGUGCAGUCUCUCUUAUUUCCAUCUACAUCACUACUGCAUGAAGAAGAAUCACCAGGAUAACGGUUUGCUCCCCCAAAACCUCUGGAGCGCCACGUUUUUCACGCAGACACUGUCUGCUCCUAAAGAGACGGCUGACUGAGAAAGAGACGGCUGACAGCGCCAGGACGGAGCACUUGACACCUUGCUUCACGGCAUCGAUAUGCAGUAGUGUGAUACCAAUUCUGCGGAGGCAGAGAGAAGGCCAUUCCAUGGCAUCCUGAUAUUAAACUGAAGGGAUUGCGCAUUAGUGAUCAACGGGAGUCUCGUUCGGGGUGUCGAACGGAUUAAUUUGGCGAAGAGUGGGGACAUUAACAAUUUCCUAUCCGGAUUGGAUCAAUACCUUACGGUGGUACGGUGGGAUAUUGUUGGACCUGCGAUGGACUCCAACGUAGGGGAAUAUGGAAUGGCUCGCUUGGGAAUCUUUAUGGUUUUGGUGGGGUUAUGGAGGUUUAGCGCUGCUUGCCCUGCAUCCUGCACUUGCAGCAUCUCAAGGAUUGCUUGUAUCGAUCCUGGACCGGGGAUCGAGGAUUUCCCUAUCCUUACGUUAGAUGACAUGGAAAUGGACAUCAACAUCACUGAUAUAUACAUUGCAAAUCAAAACAGACUAUUUGACAUCAAUGAUAACAGCUUGAAGUACUACUCAAAUCUCAGAAAUCUAACUGUGAUAAAUACGAGACUGACUUCUAUCUCAUCACAGGCCUUUAACAACAAUACAAGACUUCAAUAUCUGAAUCUGAGAGACAACAACUUGUCAACACUGUCUUGGAGGACAUUCCAAAACUUAAACAUGACAUCUUUUCCUCUGCUGUCUGGUAACCCUCUGAAGUGUGUGUGUGAGAACCUCUGGAUCAAGUUGAGGCUCCAAGAGGAUGUGGAGAGUCCAGAGAAAGAAGACCUAAAGUGCAUAGAUGAAAGAGGAAGGAGGAAGUCCAUCUCCAGAAUAUCUCCCCCUGACUGUGAGGCUCCGGCAGCAGAGGUCAGUCCUUCAAUCGUCACAAAGAAGGAAGGAAGUGAUGUCGCAGCAGUGUGCAGUGCAACAGGGUCUCCUGCCCCAGAGAUUAUGUGGAAUACUGAGAACCUCUUCACUAUUGCUGAUACCAACCCCUUGGAUAUGGAGAGCAUUCUGACACUCUCAGGUCUCUCACCUUCGGACAACGGCAGAGUGAUAACCUGCAGUGUUGAGAACAUAGUCGGCCAGUCCGAGGCUUACCUGCAACUCAACAUCCUCUUUCGCCCCACUAUCCUGGAGCUGUUGGAGCCACUGAAUCUCCACCACUGGUGCAUUCCCUUCACUGUUACCGGGAACCCCAAGCCAGAGCUCCAGUGGUACCACCAGGAUCAGAAGCUUCAUGAGCAGGAAUAUAUUAAGACAGAGAUCCAUGAAAGCCUUGGGAGUGUUCAUCACGGCUGCCUGCAGCUCGUCAACCCCACCCACAUCCAUAAUGGGCAGUAUACACUGGUGGCUAGGAAUGAGUACGGGGAGGACAGCAAAGUAAUCGAUGCCCACUUCCUGCUCCCGCCAAACGACUACCCAGAUACAGAAUCGCCAUAUUACCCGUUUACCACCGACCCCCCACUACCUCCAAUAGACGACAGUGUUGCAGUGUACGUUGUAGUGGGAAUCGCUGGUGUGGCGUUAAUUGGAUGUGUUCUAAUGGUGAUCAUUCUAAAAUAUGGAAGAAACUCAAAGUUUGGAAUGAAGGGCUCCUCCUCAGUUAUCAGUAAUGACGAUGAUUCCGCCAGUCCUCUUCAUCACGUAUCCAACGGCAACAACACUCCAUCGUCCUCAGAGAUGGGCCACGAUGCAGUGAUCAUUGGAAUGACAAAGAUCCCAGUCAUCGAGAACCUGCAGUAUUUCCGUCAGUCUGGCAGCAUGUUGAAAUCAGACACGUUUGUCCAGCACAUAAAAAGACACAACAUUGUGCUUAAACGUGAGCUAGGAGAGGGGGCCUUCGGCAAGGUGUUCCUGGCUGAGUGCUAUAACCUGACCCCAGAUCAGGACAAGAUCCUGGUGGCUGUCAAGACAUUGAAAGAGGCAAGCGAAAGUGGACGCGCUGACUUCCACCGAGAGGCAGAGCUACUGACAAACCUGCAGCACGAGCAUAUUGUCACCUUCUAUGGCGUGUGUGUAGAGAGCGAUCCCCUCAUCAUGGUCUUUGAGUACAUGAAGCACGGAGACCUCAACAAGUUCCUCAGGUCCCAUGGUCCCGACGCGGUGCUGAUGGCUGAUGGCCAGCACAGCCUGAUGGUGGAGCUGACCCAGUCCCAGAUGCUGCACAUCGCCCAGCAGAUCGCCGCAGGCAUGGUCUACCUUGCCUCCCAGCACUUCGUCCACAGAGAUCUGGCCACACGUAACUGCCUGGUGGGCGAGAACUUGCUGGUCAAGAUUGGAGACUUCGGCAUGUCCAGGGAUGUUUACAGCACCGACUACUACAGAGUGGGAGGUCACACUAUGCUGCCCAUCCGAUGGAUGCCGCCGGAAAGCAUCAUGUACCGGAGGUUCACCACGGAGAGCGACGUCUGGAGUCUGGGUGUGGUACUCUGGGAGAUCUUCACAUAUGGGAAGCAGCCCUGGUACCAGCUCUCCAACAACGAGGUGAUCGAGUGCAUCACCCAAGGACGCGUGCUGCAGCGGCCACGUUCCUGUCCAAAGGAGGUGUACGACCUAAUGUUGGGGUGCUGGCAGAGAGAACCUUACAUGAGACAUCACAUUAAGGAGAUCUACAGCUUGCUCCAGAGUCUGGCCAAGGCCUCUCCAGUUUACCUAGACAUCCUGGGCUGAGGGAGUCUGGACAGGUGUGUGUAUGUGUGUGGGUGGGGGUGAUGGUGGAGCUGUUUGGGUAUGGGUGGAGUUGUGUUUUUGUGUGUAUGGGUGGGGUUAAGGGUUGAGUUGCGUGUGUGGACAUAUUAUAUGUUUGUGUGUGUUCUGACUGUGCUUCUGCCUCCUCAUGACAUUAACUAAAGCCUUACAUUUGAUUGAGAUUUCCUUUCCCUCCUCAUUUGAAGACUUAGGACCAGUUUCUCAAACCCAGAUUAAAAGUCCAGGGGUAGGCCCUAUUCUGGUUUAGUUCAUCGAGAACAAAACAUAUGAAUCAUCAUCAAUGAACCUUGAAUUACAUAUUCCUGGACUACUGGACUGUGACAGGAUUUUUUCAAUAGUUAUUAUUAUUUUUUUUUAAAUGAAGAUUAAACGUAGUCCAAGUAUAAUGGAGGCCAUGUCCAUGAAACCAAAUGACCAGUUAUCUUGAUUAAAGAAUAGGCCUAAUCUGGGUCCAUGAGAUUAAUUCUUAUUGUACAUUGUAUUAUUGUACAUUUCUUGUACACUAUUUUGCUGGGGAUGAACAAAGGGAAAAUGACUACGUGUCAAAAUCAUCACGGGGAAAGUAUGGACCUCUGCCAACACGAAGACAGCUUUUACCUCCCAACAAGAGGAGGAACAUCGUGUGGAGCGGCACAUGAAGUAGAGACAUAAAAAUGAAAUGAAGUAAAACAAUGUUUAUAGACACCGCUCAUGGACUUUUUUUAUGAUGUGAGAACUUUGUUUUUGAUGUCAGGGGCUCUUGACUCUGUUGUUUUCAUGUUACGCCAUGUCUUAACACUUUGACUGGUGACUGAACUGUUGUCAUCAUGGCCCACCAAAGUCCAGAGCUCUGAAGAUGAUAUGUUGGUUUUGAAGGGUACCUGUAAGGAUGUCUGACUCAUUUAUGGCAUAUUCAUAAUCCAUUCAUAAGGAGUGCACUUUUUUCAUGAGAUGUAGCGCUAAUAUAGGGUUAUUAAUAUGUUAUGAAGUCUCUAUUUAGGUUCCCUUAUGCUGGAGAGAAUGAGAGCCAUCCAUCCCCACAACCCUACAAUGUUAAUCCCUCAUUGUCCAUAACUGAUGUACAUUUGUGCAUAUUAUCAGUGUAAAUGCUAUUAGGGUUUACCUUUUAAAAGACAUGGACCCUUCUAUGCCAUAUUUACAAGUUGUUGUUUUUUUUUUUGUAAAUGAAUGUUUCUGGUUGUGGUUCAUUAUCAGUGGUCUUUUCUAUCUGAUUCUAUUUUGCUAGCUACUGACAUUGUCCAUUUCCAUGUAGAACGUGUUGCGGUUUUGAAUGUGGUUAGUAUGCACUGCACAUGAUGCAGAAACAUCAAUUUCUGGAUUACUAAAGCACAGUGAAUAGACGCCCGUCCCAGUAUGAAGUUGGAAGAGGGAAAAACUUUGAGAGGCCUCAACUCAAACCAGAGCAGUUGGUAAUUUAUGCAUCCAGGUUAUAUUUUGUUGUUCAUGAAGAGUUCCUUGACCAACAAUGUUUUAGAGCAUCCUCUACCAUAUAAAUAUUUUGGUUGGACAUAAAACUUUACUACACUCUAUGUUUUGCAUUUUCAAAGGCAGCUUUACAUGUUCCAGGAUAUUGAAGCUGAUGGGAAUUGACAGAUUUUACCUUUCAGGAUUUAUUUUGUUUUUUAUUAGCUGUAGGGGAUCAACAGUGUAUUUGCACUGCUGUUACUAUGAGCCUAAAGUUAGAAAAGACGACAUGGUUUUAUUGAUAGAAUGCCCACAUCCAGCUAUUGAGGUAUGUCAAUUACUCAUUUACUUGUCUACAUCAUGUAGAGCAUAUUUGCUGGAACUGACUGUUCUAUUGGCUAUUGAUAUACACUGUUUAGGACCAGCUGUGGGAUUACCUUAAGUCUGAGGUGGUUUAGAGUAUUGAGUCUGAUCCUCCAUGUGGGUGUGCAGAGAGGAGCUGUGAAUUAUGGUCUGUCCAAAUCGAAAAAGACCAUUACUGUCACAGCGCACUGCUAGGUGUGUCGUAUGCGUAAUGUAUUUACAAACCGUUUGCACAUUGAUAUCACUGCACAAUCUUUCCACUAUUUCUGGGUUGUCUUGAAUAGAGUAAGCUACAACCGACUCAAACUUGAUCUCGCUACACUACUGCUCAUCAGUGACACUACUAAUCAGUUAUAAUAUUACUAUCAGUUCCCAUAACCUUUGGCUUUUGAUAUUGAGUUGGCCAAGAGCAGUAAUGUUGGCUAAAAUAAAUUAAGUGCACUUCAUAAUGAUCUUUUAAUAAGAGCAAACUGCACACCUAAACUCCUGUAUUAAUCGCCAUCGUCUCUGUUGAAUUCUUUGCUGAACACAACAGACAUCUGCCCCUAACUAUGUUGAACUGUCUGCAACCUAAUUAUGAAAAAGCUAACAUUUGUUUGGCGCCAAUGGUGUGUCAAUGCCAGUUUUAAAAUGUUGUCCAUUUUUUAUAAUAGUCAUGGUGUCACCUCUAAAUAGUGUUGCUUUAAUCUGCAGUCCAUUUUGUAUAAUAGUCAUGGUGUCACCUCUAAAUAGUCUUGCCGUAAUCUGCAGUCCAUUCUGUAUAAUAGUCAUGGGUGUCACCUCUAAAUAGUCUUGCUGUAAUCUGCAGUCCAUUCUGUAUAAUAGUCAUGGUGUCAGCUCUAAAUAGUCUUGCUGUAAUCUGCAGUCCAUUUUGUAUAAUAGUCAUGGGUGUCAGCUCUAAAUAGUCUUGCUGUAAUCUACAGUCCAUUCUGUACAGUUCAGAUAUUUGUAAUGAAUAGUAUGUUCUAUAGUACAUUCUGUUUUAAACAGGUAUGUGUGACAUUAAAGAAAGUCUGUUAUGGGCCACUGGCAAUAUGUAAAUAUAAAUUUAUUUGUGCAAAAAAAAAAAAAGUAUAAUUUAUUUGUGCUUGUUCAUAAUACCAGUGAGAAUACAAUCCUAUUUUUCGUGGAACUUUGGAACUGGAGAGGAGAUUUCUUGAAACUAUCUUUUCUCUAUAAAGGAACUGAUUCAGUCCUGUAUCUCAGCUCACCCUACUUUCCUAUUGGAUGGAAGGACCUUAGAAGUUAUGAUUGAGUGAUUCUGACUGUCUGUCUAUCUGUCUGUCUGCCUGUCUACAAGAAGGCCAUAGACUCUUUGUCACCUGGAACGUCAAAGGACCAAAUCCGACAGACAGGUGAUUUUAUUCCCCGACCAAUCAUCUAUCUCUGACUGUAGCCUUUUGGUCUUCUUUCAGAUGAAUAACUGUGACUUUGCAUCAUGUAUAGUAUAUUAUUUUGAAUGUAAUUUAGAAGGGAUGGGAACUUGUUUUGAAUGUAAUCUAUCUUGGGAUUGGGGUAUCACUGAUUCUUUUGUAAAUACGAAAAAGCAAAAUUGCUGUUUUCUUUCAAUCCCAGCGCAGAUAACAUAUUUUACUUGCUGUCUGAAUGAUGUUCCGUGAGAGUCAGUGUACGAGUGUUUUUGUGAGUGUGUAUGCGUCUGAGGCCCCUGAGCUACGAUGUGUGUGUUUGUUUGUGUGUUUGUACCCGUUUCUCCCAGCAGAUUCAAUCCCACUGCUUAAGUAUCAGUGAAUUCUAUCAAUCAAUUCUAUGCUUUGUGCAUCAUGUGAGUAGCUUCUCUGCAGUUAAUGGAAAUGUUAAUUGUAAUACUGUGCAUUUAAUAAAGGUGGUAUGUCUUACAAUA